GACGACGACGACGACGACGAUGAUGAUGAUGAUCUGGCGCCUGAACCUGACUGACUACGCUUUUUCUUUUUUUUUCUUUCUGUUUCUUCUAUACUACGUUUUUUUUUUUUAAAUCCACACUUACUACCUUUUUUUUUCCCUUCUUCUCCACACCCCCCUCCCAAUUAACACAGCAUGUGUGCACAACGUACUCCAGUCACUGUUCCUUGCAAAUACAAGACCGGCAAAGUGCUUGGUAACGGUACUUAUGCGACUGUCAAAGAGGCCCUUCACAUUGAAACCAACAAGUUCUACGCGUGCAAAAUCAUCAACAAGAAGCUGAUGGAAGGACGCGAGCAUAUGAUCCGUAACGAAAUCAACAUCCUUCGCAAGAUAUCACAGGGCCACACGAAUAUCCUGAGUUUGGUCGACUACUUUGAAACGCUCAACAACUUAUACCUCGUAACGGAUCUCGCCAUGGGUGGCGAACUGUUUGAUCGAAUAUGGCAAAAGGGCAGCUAUUUCGAACGCGAUGCAGCACAUAUCGUUCGAACGGUCUGUGAUGCCGUGGCCUAUCUCCACGACAAUGGCAUUGUCCACCGAGAUCUCAAGCCCGAAAACUUGUUGUUCCGAACACCUGACGAAGACUCUGAUUUGCUGAUUGCCGAUUUUGGUCUCUCCCGCAUUAUUGACACUGACAAGUUUCAUGUGCUCACCACCACCUGCGGUACUCCUGGAUACAUGGCCCCCGAGAUAUUCAAAAAGACAGGCCAUGGCAAGCCAGUUGACAUGUGGGCCAUUGGUGUGAUCACCUUCUUUUUGUUGUGCGGCUACACGCCCUUUGAACGCGAAAACAACAUUGACGAAAUGAACGCGAUCAUGCAUGCCGACUACAGCUUUGACGAACAGUUCUGGUCUGGCAUCAGCGAAGAAGCCAAGGACUUUGUGCGUCGCUGUCUGACGAUCGAUCCAGCCAAGCGCAUCACCGCACACGAGGCGUUGGAACAUCCAUGGCUCACCUCUGAGCGCACGCAGCCCACAUCGCCCGUGGACGACCAGCAGGAUCUGCUGCCUUCUGUGCGCGGCAACUUUAAUGCGCGCCGUACAUUCAAGCGUGCAGUCGAUAUGGUGCGUCUGUCGUAUCAUCUGGGCCACAAGCACUCGGCAUCCAUGGGUGGUGGUGGUAGCAGUGGCUCGGACAAGACCCCGGACGAAGACGACGUCAAGCCAGUCAAUGAGGGCAUUGACCAAGUUCUCAAGCACGAUGACGAAUAGUCAAUAAACCAACCUAACCAACUCAACCUAUAAAUACUACUACUUUGUAUCUUGCCUAUGUAUCCAUAUAAAGAAAAAUCUCUCCCCGGCGCGUGUGUGUGUGUGUGUGUAUAUAAUGUUUUCCUCUCGUGCCGCGUGUGUGGGAGAGGAAAUGCAGCUCAAAAAAAAAGAGGUUUUUCUUAUUGGAUGGUUCGGAACGCCCCGCCCCGGGACAAGCCAA